CCAUCCGCCUCCAUGUCCCGUCUGUCUUUUCCCUUCACAAGCGAUCACAGGCCAGCAAUCACAGGCCACUGGAGAUUGUUGGCGCUUGCCGAGGGAGACACUCUUUGCCUCCUCCCUCCGUCGACUCUCCGCCGACCCUCCAUCCUCGCUCCGCUGUUCCGCGCACCUUAUAGGACAGGUUUCGCGAGACACUGCGACAUCAUCACCACGAAAUGGCCGACCGAAGCUAUGGAGAAGACCAUGUUUCGCCCGUUGGAACGGUCCUCCGCGAACCGACAUUUCCGAAUAUUACCGCCCACCCUUCGAACCCAGGGCAAGGAACGGAGCGCACACUGAGCAAAACAAAUGGACCGUCGCCUGCGGAUGUGACACGUGAGAAAGACGCGGCUCAGCCUGAGCAAUCGACUAGUCUCUCGCAGGCAGAUACACAGCAGCACACUUCCGGACCAGUUCGCCCUGCAAAGCAGAGGUUCGCGACUGAGCGACCAAAGCCAUCAGUGAGGCACUCGCUGCUGGGCAGGAAGCGCUCAGGUCCUCAUACCAACAAGGCAACACAGCUGAACAAAUCAACAACGUUGACAUUCGAUCCCUACUCCUCCGAGUCCGAUUCCGCCGACUCUUCAGAUGAGGAGACGUGCUACCCGCACAACAGCCUUGGCCACGAGGAUGGUCUGGCACGGCAAGAAUCUCGCAAGCGACGCGACGCCUCUGGGCCUUUUUCUCGCCUCAAAGUCGCAAACGAACACUUCAAGACCCAUGCCAAGGUGUCCAGGGCAGACGGGCGUCUAAAGCUUAGUAUACUAGAGAAGGAUCUGGACAGCGGAUACAUUGCAAAAGCACUGGGGGCCGUGUUGAAGAAGCACCCCAAGGAUGGAGAUGAUAGCGUUAGAACCUAUGACACGCGUGGACCCGACGCCGCCAAGAUUGCGCCCGAGGACGAUGAGAUGGAACACAACCCUGCACGCCGUAUCAAGCUAAACAUUGUCAUUAUCAUCAUAGGGUCUCGUGGAGAUAUCCAGCCUUUCAUCCGGAUAGGCAAGAUCCUGAAGGAAGACUAUGGGCAUCGAGUGCGCCUGGCUACGCACCCAGCGUUCAAAGAUUUUGUCGAGAAGGAUUCGGGCUUGGAAUUUUUCUCGGUUGGCGGAAACCCUGCAGAACUAAUGGCUUUUAUGGUCAAGAACCCUGGCCUGAUACCGAACAUCGAUACAAUCAAGGACGGAGAAAUCGGUCGGCGCAGAGCGCAGAUGUACGAGAUGUUCCAGGGCAUGUGGCGCGCCUGCAUCAACGCCACAGACGACGAAACAGACAAGGCUAACGCGAAGAUGAUGGGAGACAAGCAGCCGUUCGUAGCAGAUGCGAUCAUUGCCAACCCACCCAGCUUUGCCGCACCACACAUUGCUGAGAAGUUGGGUAUACCACUGCAUAUGAUGUUUACCUUUCCUUAUACACCCACCGUUCAGUUCCCGCAUCCACUUGCAAACAUCAAGACUAGCAACGUUGAGGCCCCGUAUAGCAACUUCAUGUCAUAUCCUCUUGUUGAGAUGAUGACAUGGCAAGGGCUUGGAGAUCUCAUAAAUCGAUUUCGCACUGAGGUUCUUCUCCUGGAAGUGGUCAGUACUCUGUGGGCGCCCGGACAACUCUACCGUCUGAAGGUGCCCUAUACCUAUAUGUGGUCGCCAGCAUUGGUUCCGAAACCGAAAGAUUGGGGUCCGGAGAUCGACAUCUCAGGCUUCGUCUUCCUCGAUCUUGCGACGAACUUCACGCCACCGGAUGAUCUAAAGGCAUUCUUGGAUGGAGGCGAGCCCCCAGUGUAUAUUGGCUUUGGAUCCAUUGUUGUAGACGAUCCAGACGGUUUUACCAAACUCAUUUUUGAAGGCGUCAGAAUCGCAGGUUGUCGUGCUCUCGUUUCCAAAGGCUGGGGUGGCUUCGGUUCGAAUGCGGACUGUCCGGAUAAUGUAUUCAUGAUCGACAAUACACCGCACGACUGGUUGUUCCCCCGCUGCAGCGCCGUUGUGCACCAUGGUGGUGCCGGAACUACCGCCAUCGGUCUGAAGUGCGCGAAGCCUACAAUGAUUGUACCCUUCUUUGGCGACCAACCGUUUUGGGGUGCGAUGGUCAGCAAAGCGAAAGCCGGAGCGCACGAGUGCAUUCCAUUCAAGAAUCUGAACGCGGAGCGCUUAGCUGAAGGUAUCAAGCAGUGCCUCACUGAGGAAGCCAGGGAAAACGUCAAGAAGAUAGCGGACAGCAUUGUGAGGGAAGGCGACGGCGCUUUGAACGCAGUACGCUCGUUCCACAGAUCCCUACCACUUCGAGGCGAAGGCAGCAUGCGCUGCGACUUUCUCUAUGACCGGGCUGCCGCAUGGAAGAUUAGAAACACGGAUGUGAAGCUUUCGGCCCUGGCGGCUGAGAUACUAGUGGAGAAGAAGAAGCUCAAGUGGAGCGAACUGCGACUUAUCCGACACUACGAGUGGAACGAUUUCGGUGGUCCCGGUGAGCCCUUGACAGGCGCUUGGGGCAGCAUGGUGAAGACACUGGUAGACGCAGCCAGCGGUGUCGGAGGUGUGCCCGUCGAGAUGGGUAAGAGCAUUAGGAAGCGGGAGAAAAUUCGGGAGAAGAAACGCAGGAUACGGAAGCGAAACGAACACAAAACGACUACGCUAUCGAAGGCGAAUGGCGAUGCGACUGAUGACAUGGCGAACAAGCAGCAUGAUCAAAAUGGCAGACCAAAACCAGAGCGUGAAGAAUCGACCCUGUCAAAGAUAUCGGAACCAGACGAGGACCUGGCACAGGAACUUGGCCACGAAGCUGUAUUUGGUUUCAGGAAAACAGGAAGGGCUAUCGUUCGUUUCCCCAUGCAAUUGACCCUAGCACUCCAACAAGGCUUCCACAACGCUCCGCGAUUGUAUGGCGACGAAACCGUCCGCCGCCCGCCACGAGUCACAGGCGUCCAUUCCGGUCUUCGCGCUGGUCGCGACGAACUUCUCCAUGGCGUCAGGGAUGGCGUCACAGGAAUCGUUAUGCAGCCAUAUCACGGUGCGAAGGAUAACGGUGUUGUGGGCGCUCUUCGAGGCAUAGGUUUCGGCGUUGGUGGCUUCGUGCUCAAAGAUAUUGCUGCGCUCCUCGGACCGCUCGCAUAUUCGAUGAAAGGACUGGAUGCUGAGUACUGGAAGCGCUACCAACCGACCGUUUACUUGCGGCGCGCUCGUAUCAUGCAAGGCCAGGUCGAGUUGCAAAAGCUCGAGUCGGAAUCGCGUGCGGCGCGCAUGGAUGGAGCGAAGGGAGGCGGUGGGAGCGUUGUUGACAAGAGAGAUGAGGCUGAGCGGAACGUUAGUACGAAAUGGCAGGCUUUGCAGCGGACUAUCGAGGAUGGAAAUACGCAUCACAAAUCCGGUGUCAUGGCCUCGCUCCUAGGCCAGGGCAAGACGAAAGAAGGGCAGCGAGUGCCGAGGAAGAGCUCUGAAAAGGAGGGAAGGCGGUCGCAGUCAAAGGCGAGGACCACGCCAAUUGCUCAAGCUGAUGAGCCCAUGAAAGCUGUCAUUGCAAAUGGAGGGCUGAAGCGGAGCAGCACUGCGCCAAUCAUGACGAUGGAGCAGGGCGCAAAGAACGGCCUGAAAGACAUCGAAGCACCACGUGCGCCAUGCGAACUCCAGUCGUCGAAGCCAGCUGCGCCGGAGAAUCCACAGCUACCAGACAUACCCAGGAAUAACUCAGAUCCCGAGCUUACUGAUGCAUCCAAUGACCACGCUGGAGCAAAAGAUCGCCCAUCAGCUUUGAUUGCGGAAGCGAACAAAACCCAAAGGCACUCCACCGACGCGAGCUCUGACAAGACAAGAGUCGGGAGCGACGCCACGGACUGGGCAGCUGUGCGACAGAAAGCUGAAGGGUUGGAGAAUAGAGGGCAGGCGCUUGAGGUUAGUGUAUAAGUGCGAUGACUUGGAAAGACAUGCAACGAAACUAUAUGGCGGAGCUUCCUAUUACGCAUUUAGCGUCAACACAUCAUCAUGUGCGUUGUACAUCAUUUUCCCAUUGCAUACUAGAUACCCAGAUUCUUUACUAUAAAUCUUCGCUU